AUGGCAGGGCGUGGAAAUGCCAAGCCGACGGCAGCGCUCGACACUCUCGACCCCAAGGAACUCGCGACGCAGUACCUUCAGGCGAACAAGCUGAACGAAGUGUUCCAGGAACUUUGCACGUUGAUUUUGCACCGCCGACCAGCAAAUCCACGCGAGUUCUUAAUCCAGCAGCUGGAAGUCAUGCGAUCGUCGCGUGAAAGUCGAAGCGCGGCAGCGUUCUUCAACGAAACCGAUCUUAGUACCAUGUUCACCAUGUUCGACGUGACGAAUCAAGGCACGAUCUCGAUUGCUCAGUACGACCAAGGCUUGAAAAGCUUGGGCAUCGACCGCCCCACGCUGCGCCUGCCGGAAUCCAUUCACCGAGUCGACCGCACGCUGUUUGUCCGCAGUUUGGCCCAAGAGCUCAAAAACAACUCGUACUUGUAA